AUGAAUAAUAACUUUUCUGAAAAUAACGACUUAGUAUCUUUAAUAUCAGUUCUAAACACAUAAAAAAUAAUAGAUUAAAUAAUAUUUGAUGGCAGCGAAAUAUUAUACGAUAAAUAUUUACAAACACAUCAACCAUUUUAUGAAUCUUAAGAUUUAUGUGAUUAAUGUUAUAAUGUUGCAAAACAAUAUUUUCAAAUAAAAGAUAAUGGUGAAACUGAAGAAUCAAUUUAAACAUAAUGGAAAGAAGAAAAAGAACCUAUAAUAGAGCAGUUUUAAGUACAAAAGUAGAAUAUAUAAUACAUGAACUAGAUAAUGAAGAUGAUAUAAGUGAUACUAAAAGUAUUAUAAGUAAUGCAAGUAGAGUUUCAGGUAUAUCUAGA